AACCCACUGGAAGGCAAAACUCAAAAGAGCACGUACUACGUCAAGCACAGUGACCAGAAAUACGAAUUAUAAGCAAAUUGUGACUUGUGAGUGUGGGGUCUUAUUGGGGUGGGAUCUACUCAAACUUGUCUAGAGUUCUGCCACCAGCUUUUUAAGCAAUUUUUUUUGGCUUUUUUUUUUUUUUUGUGUUAUUAAGUUUUUCUUAUAUAGAACAUAUCCAUUCAUCUCGGAAAAAGGAAGAUGGAGGACGUCGAAAAAGUGCAUGAUUCAAUAAGCCAAAACAUAAGCAGGAGCGUCCCCAUGGGCAAUUGGAGUACUAUGGAAGAAGAUCAUAGCCAAAACCAAAAGAGUAGUCAUGCGGAGGAAGAAGAAGAAGCUCUCAAAUGGGCUGCUUUAGAGAAGUUGCCAACGUAUGCUAGGUUACGAACAAGCAUCAUAAAAUCUUUCGUGGAGAGCACAGUGGUACACAAGGAGGUUGAUGUGCGGAAACUUGAUUUGAAUGAUCGAACACAACUCAUCGAUAGUCUCUUUAGGGUUCCUGAGGAAGAUAACGAGAAAUUCUUGAAAAAGUUCAGAAACCGAACUGAGAAGGUUGGGAUUAUCCUUCCAACGGUGGAAGUUAGGUUUGAGAAUUUAACCAUAGAAGCGGAUUGCUACAUUGGGGACAGAGCUCUUCCCACUCUUCCAAACACGGCCUUAAAUAUUGCCGAGUCAGCAUUGAGUUUGGUUGGUAUCCGAUUGGCCGAAAGAACAAAGCUCACAAUUUUGAGAGAUGCCUCCGGUAUUAUAAAACCAUCAAGGAUGACACUUUUACUGGGCCCACCAUCCUCUGGGAAGACAACCCUCUUGUUGGCACUGGCUGGAAAGUUGGACCCCACCUUGAAGGUAAGAGGAGAAGUAACUUAUAACGGACACAGACUCAACGAGUUUGUACCACAAAAAACAUCAGCAUAUAUAAGCCAAAAUGAUGUUCAUGUGGGAGAAAUGACUGUGAAAGAAACCCUGAAUUUCUCCGCAAGGUGCCAAGGGGUUGGGUUCCGAUAUGAACUGUUAACUGAGCUUGCAAGAAGGGAGAGAGAUGCUGGAAUUUUUCCUGAGGCCGAGGUUGACCUUUUCAUGAAGGCAACUGCAUUGGAAGGUGUAGGGAGCAACCUAAUUAUCGACUACACCCUCAGGAUAUUGGGACUUGAUGUAUGUCGUGACACGAUUGUUGGAGAUGAGAUGAAGCGAGGAAUAUCAGGAGGACAAAGAAAGCGAGUAACGACAGGGGAGAUGAUUGUUGGGUCCACCAAAACUCUAUUCAUGGAUGAGAUAUCAACAGGCCUUGAUAGCUCUACAACAUUUCAAAUGGUGAAGUGCUUGCAGCAGAUUGCACACCUCACUCAAGCUACCAUCCUAAUGUCCGUACUCCAACCCGCUCCUGAGACGUUUGAUCUAUUCGAUGACAUCAUUCUCUUAUCAGAGGGCCGGAUUGUUUAUCAGGGCCCUCGAGAGCACACACUUGAGUUCUUCCAGAGCUGUGGGUUCAAUUGCCCACAGAGGAAAGGAACCGCUGAUUUCUUGCGAGAGGUUACCGCAAGGAAGGACCAAGAGCAAUACUGGGCCGACACAACCAAACCAUACAGAUAUAUAUCAGUCACUGAGUUCGCGAGCAGAUUCAAACGAUUCCACGCGGGCCUCCAGCUCAAGAAUGAGCUCUCGGGCCCUUACGACAAGGCCCAAAGCCACGCAGCUGCUCUAGUCUACAAAAAAUAUCCAGUCCCCAUGUGGGAACUUCUCAAGGCCUCAUUUGACAAAGAAUGGCUGCUGAUCAAGAGAAACUCCUUCGUGUACGUAUUCAAGACCGCACAGAUCAUCAUUGUGGCGAUCAUCACAUCAACGGUUUUCCUGAGAACUAAAAUGCACGCUGGGAAUGAAGUGGAUGGGGCUAUGUAUAUUGGUGCACUUUUGUUCACCAUACUCAUCAACAUGAUCAAUGGUUUUUCUGAACUAGCACUUACCGUGCAAAGGCUUCCAGUGUUUUAUAAGCACAGAGACCUGCUGUUUUACCCAACUUGGGCUUUCACCCUCCCUACUUUCCUGCUCAGAAUACCAAUAUCGGUGCUCGAGUCCAUUGCUUGGACUGUCAUGACAUAUUACACAAUUGGAUAUGCACCUGAAGCUAGCAGGUUCUUCAAGCAAUUGUUGGUAGUGUUUCUGCUCCAACAAAUGGCUGCUGGGUUGUUCAGGCUCAUUGCUGGAGUCGGUAGGACCAUGACCAUAGCCUACAGUGGUGGAACUCUAGCUCUCCUCAUUGUCGUCAUGCUCAGUGGUUUCAUCCUUCCAAAAGGUCAAAUCCCGAAGUGGUGGGAGUGGGGUUACUGGGUGUCGCCUGUGACCUACGGUUUCAAUGCUUUGGCUGUAAAUGAGAUGUUUGCUCCAAGGUGGAUGAACAAAUUGGCUUCGGAUAAUGUUACUAGAUUGGGUGUCAAAGUGCUAAAGAACUUGGAUGUGUUCGCUGAAAGAAACUGGCUUUGGAUUGGGGCAGCAGCUCUUUUGGGUUUCGUAGUUCUAUUCAACAUUCUCUUCACCCUUGCUCUUAUGUACUUAAACCCUCUUGGAAAGCCACAAGCUAUAAUCUCCAAAGAAACAGCGAGGGCGAUGGAAGCUCACACGGAAGAAACUAAGGAAGCACCAAGACUUAAAACAACCAGAUCGAAGAUAGGAUCAGCUGCUGACGGGAACAAUCCAAGAGAAAUAGAAAUCCAACAAAUGAGCAGCCAAUCCAGGGUCAACAGUAGAAAUGAAGAUUCAAGUCUUGAGGUUGCGCGUGGAGUUGCUACAAAGAGAGGAAUGAUUCUUCCUUUCACUCCUCUCUCCUUGUCUUUUGAUUGUCUGAAUUACUUUGUGGAUAUGCCCCCAGAGAUGAGGGAACAAGGAGUAACAGAGGACAAGCUCCAAUUACUUCAGGAAGCAACCGGUGCAUUUAGGCCUGGUGUUCUGACUGCACUGAUGGGAGUCAGUGGGGCUGGAAAAACGACACUAAUGGAUGUGCUAGCGGGCAGGAAAACAGGUGGUUACAUUGAAGGCGAUGUUAUGAUUUCAGGAUUCCCCAAGAAACAAGAAACCUUUGCCAGAAUUUCUGGAUACUGUGAGCAAAAUGACAUCCACUCACCCCAAGUCACCGUUCAUGAAUCCUUGAUUUACUCGGCUUUCCUUCGACUGCCAAAGGAAGUUAAAAUGGACGAAAAGAUGGUUUUUGUGGAUGAAGUGAUGGAUCUAGUUGAACUAGACAAUCUCAAGGAUGCUAUUGUUGGGCUUCCAGGAAUAACAGGUUUGUCAACAGAACAGAGAAAGAGAUUGACAAUAGCAGUGGAGCUAGUUGCCAAUCCAUCAAUCAUAUUCAUGGAUGAACCAACUUCGGGUCUUGAUGCAAGAGCAGCUGCAAUUGUUAUGAGAACUGUGAGAAACACAGUGGAUACAGGGAGAACAGUGGUUUGCACAAUACAUCAGCCUAGCAUAGAAAUCUUUGAAACAUUUGAUGAGCUGCUACUGAUGAAAAGGGGAGGACAAGUAAUAUAUUCAGGACCACUGGGACGCAACUCUCACAAGAUUAUUGAGUAUUUCACGGCAAUUCCUGGAGUUCCCAGAAUUAAAGAAAGAUACAAUCCAGCGACAUGGAUGCUAGAAGUGAGCUCAGUUGCAGCAGAAGUCCGACUUGGAAUAGAUUUUUCUCAACACUACAAAUCAUCAGCCUUGUAUCAAAGAAACAAGGCUCUAGUGCAGGAGUUGAGUGCACCUCCACCGGGGGCAAAAGACCUCUAUUUCCCAACACAAUUCUCUCAAUCAACAUGGGGGCAAUUCAAAUCCUGCCUGUGGAAGCAGUGGUGUUCUUAUUGGAGAAGUCCUGCUUACAACCUUGCGAGGUUCUUCUUUGCCUUAGCAGCUGCCCUUGUGAGUGGAACAAUCUUUUGGAAGGUUGGGGCAAAAAGGGACAAUACAAGUGAUCUGGAAACGGUCAUCGGGGCAAUGUUUGUUGCUGUCCUUUUUGUUGGAGUAAAUAAUUGCAAAACAGUACAACCUCUGGUAGCUGUUGAAAGAACAGUAAUUUAUCGAGAAAGAGCUGCCGGAAUGUACUCUGCAUUACCAUAUGCCUUGGCACAGGUGAUUGUGGAAAUACCAUAUGUGCUAGUUCAAGCCUCUUAUUUUGUUCUUAUAGUGUAUGGCAUGGUGGACUUCGAAUGGACAGCGCCUAAAUUCUUCUGGUUCUUCUUCAUCACAUAUAUCUCCUUUCUCUACUUCACGUACUUUGGAAUGAUGACCGUUUCCAUAACACCAAACAACCAAGUAGCAGCCAUUGUUGCCUCUGCUUUCUUUACUCUCUUCAUUCUUUUCUCGGGUUUCUUCAUUCCCAGAUCGAGAAUCCCAAAGUGGUGGAUAUGGUACUACAGGAUCUGCCCAGUGGCGUGGACAGUCUAUGGGUUUAUUGUGUCACAGUAUGGUGAUAUUGUGGACACCAUUAAAGUGCCCGGGGUGGUGCCUGAUCCAACUGUAAAAUGGUACUUGGAGCAUCAUUUCGGCUAUGAACCAAACUUCAUUGGACCAGUCGCUGGCGUAUUGGUUAGUUUCACGGUCUUCUUUGCCUUCAUGUAUGCUUACUGCAUCAAAACUUUGAACUUCCAAAGGCGGUAGCUGAGAUUGUUGCUUCAAAUGGUCCAUUUGUCUCAUACCUUAGGAUGAAAACAUGUUUGCAAAUGUACUUUUACCACCGAGUAGAUGUAAUGGAUGCAAUGAAAGUUUCUAGUGUGAUCAUGUUAAUAUGUAGACUCUGAAGUGAAACUUCUUGAAUAAGAAGCAAUACUGCUUUCCUACUAGAAGAUUGAAAGACAGAUUAUAUCAGCAAUUCAAGCUGCAUCAUCAAAAGCCUUUUGUUUCUUCUUAUUCUGUCCUAGUUAGUUAGUUCUUAUUUGGGUCUAUUGAUUUUCACAAAUGAAAUGUAUCAAGUGCCACCAAA